CCAACAACAGUAAUAACAGCGAGACUCCCCGGAAUCUACUAUUUACCAUAGCAGGUCGACUUCAUUAUAACACGCUCUUAGUAUCUCUGGUUGUGGUACGCACGCACCCGACGCAGGCCUCGUGAUGCGCCACACCCAAAGUUACGUCACAAAUACUAGGCAACCGGAUCCCCGCCACACGAGUCCGUCCAACCUCUUCUCUGACCGUUCCUUCUCAUCCCCUCAUCCUCACACAAUACAUAACUUGAGACUCAACACAAGUCCUCUCAUAUUCCCACAGCCCUGCAAUACAGAUACCCAGCAAUCAUGUUCCAGCUCAUCAUCGCCUCCCUCCUCUUCGCCCUUGCCGAGGCGGCCCCCGUUAACGCGGCCGCAGCUGGCGGUAAUACCUGGCAGUAUGGCACCGGCGGUGGCAUUAUCGGGUUUAUCGUCCUAAUCCUAGAUGUCAUUGUGUUCAGUACGUACCCUGUCUCUCUCUUCCCUCAAACUAUGAGAGUAGGCAAAUGAGAGUAGGCAAGAGGCUAACCGUUUUGCAGUGGAGGUCCUCAAGUCU